AAAAAAAUAGUAGGCUUCCAGUCAUCAUGCACUUCAGGGUGCUUUGACUCUGCUAAUGUCAGACAUAUCCUAUGUUCCUCCAGGACUGCUGACAGUAUCUUGUUGCAAACAAAAUGUAAACAGAAUAUGACAGCCACUAGGGGAAGGAUUUCGACCACUGAAUCAUCGCAUCAUUGUGCAGUGGAAAGGGGAACAUAAGAUCUAAAAGUUCCUGCUAAAUUUGUUUUGUGUUGAAACAAAUAUCAAUUUGUUAAGCAUUUUUAAGUAACCUGACGAACGUCCAACACCCAAGUCAAAUUCAGAUUCAGUCAGUUUAGUCAUUGUGGGGUUUAAACAGAAGUUUGUGUGGUUGUACAAGAGGUUUUGGGUGAACAAAAGGGAAAAUUGAAUUUAGGAAGUGUUCAAAGCCUCUUCUGUAUGAAUACAUUCAGUUUUAGUCAGAAGAUCCAUGGUGACUAGCUUUGUUUAAAGUUGUUUUAAAAGGGUGCAAAUUAGAAAGAUUUUUUUAAAUGAGUAAGAUUAUUGUAUUUGGGAAAAAACUGACAAAAUAUAUUUUAGUUACAAUUUUCACACUGUAAAACUUUUUUUUUUUUUUUUUUUACCUGAAACUAAAGGAAAAUACACAGAGAAAACACAAAGAGAAAAAAAACCCUCAGAGAUUGUACCAUAUCCUGUGUAGUACUGAGGAAAUAUACAUGUGGAGAGAGUUGUUUGACAUCUGUUCACGCUGCUAGCACAUCUAACAGAUCCUGCUCACUGACGAAUCCUAGAUACUCAUUUAACAGUCUUUUCUAGCCUGCCUUAUCACUAAGACUCACAAGAUGACACGGUGUAAUUUCCUUGGAUUUGUCUUACUGGUGGCUGUAGUGAUUUUGUCCUCUUUGAGGACAUUAAACUCGGUGUACGAGCUGAAUAAGACAGGAUUUGGCAGACCACCACCAAGACACGGACUUGCACUGCUUAUGUGGUAUGUUCAAAACUGUAUUGACAACAACAUGAUGUCUCUCUGCGACCCCAUGAAAGGUGAUUAUGGUUUCCAUGAGUUCAAGAACACGGGACCAAUUUUUCUCCUUCCCAGGCUGAAGGAUAAGAAGACAUAUGGCUACUAUACCAUAGGAAACCUUCAUUACACACAUGCCAAUGAUCUACCCUAUGAAGUCAAGAAAUAUUAUAAUCGACAUGACCCAAAGAGCAACAUGGACAGAGUCAUUGUGAAGUAUAAUAAAAACAAGAACAAAAUAGAGGAAGUGUUCAUAUCUGAGCACUAUAAAAAGUUAAAGACAUAUAUUGUUGGUUCGUCUCUUAUCACUGAGUUAAGACAACAGUAGUUGUCACAUAAAGAAAUGUGCAUAAUAAUGUUUUCUAGAAAGUUUUAUACAAUAUAUUAAAAGAGGUUGUUUUCUUUUGGUUGUAUAUUUAGUAUCUAAAAAAAAAAACCUCUAGCUUUUUAAACUAAAUCUCUAUAUAGCUUAUCUGUACCAUAUGACGGAUUACCACAAAUGAUCAUUUUGGCAAAUAUAAUUUUAUAAUGAAAAUCUUGUAAAUCUUAGAAGUCUUCUGUUAAUUAACCUCCAUAAUUUGUCAUAAAUUGUGUUUCACAGUCUGUCAUGUAAGCGGUUGGUUUCUGUCUACAAUCAUUAUAACUAAGCCAACUUUCACUUCUCAAUAUUACAGAUGUUUCCCUAUAUUUAGUCACUUCUCACUUUCACUCCCUCUAUCUUGCAGCACAAACUAAACAUGUAUUUUACAAUGAAUACAUGUCAAAUAAAUUCUUAAAACUUAAAAGAAAUUAUAGAUGUUUUACUUCAUUUAAGUCCUUUAUCAAGCAAUUAUAUUAGUUGUGUCAUUCUAAGAUGUGUCGGUAGAACAUGAGACUCUUAAUCUGAGGAUUGUGGGUUUAAACCCCACGCUGGGCACCAAACCCAGUCACUGGGGUUGCACCAGCUGUGCCAGUGCCAGUUCCAGGCCCAAGUCUGGAUAAAAUGGAAGGGCUGCAUCAAGAAGGGCAUCUGGCGUAAAUCCUGUGCCAAACCAAAUAUGCGGAUCAUAAACGGAUUUCCAUAAUAGACACGGGUGAUUCACUGUGGCGACCCCUAACGGGAGCAGCUGGAUGAAGAAGAAGAAAAUCAGGGAAAAAGAAGUAAAGUAAACACAAAAAGCUUAAAUCAAAAUAUCAAAGAAAUCAAAAACCUUGUAAAUAUGUACAUAGAAAAGGUGCAGUGGGUAGUGUUGCCCCUGGUUCAAUCCUGAUUUUUGGUUACUUGAGAACCUUCACACUAACUCUCAGUGGUGGAAUGAACUUCCAACCUCAAUCCAGACAGCACAAUCCGUUACUAUAUUCAAAAAAUGGCUAAAGACCCAACGCUUCUGUGAACACUUAACUAAUCCCUAACUUGUCCUGCAUGUAUGUAUACCUGCUUUUACACUGCUACUCUGUACACUUUGCUCCUCUAGCAGUCAAUUUAAAAAAUCUUGUAUAGUAGCACUACUUGUAUUGUUCUCUGCUUCAUAUAUUGCUUUGCUUGUAUUUCCUCAUUUGUAAAUCGCUUUAGAUAACAACAUCUGCUAAAUGAAUAAAUGUAAAUGUAACUGUUACUCUCUGCUGUCUGAGUUUUGUACAUUAUAUUCUCCUCAUGUCUGUGUGGGUCUUACCUCCCUUAAAACAUGCAAGGAGAUGGAUUGGUUAUGAUAAAAAUAUCUCUUGUAGUGUAAGAGUGUGGGAAUGAGUUUGGGAAUGAAUGUGUGCAUGGUGCCCUGACAUCCCAUCCAGUGUGUAUUGCACAGUGUUCCUGUGAUAAGCUCCAAAUAAGAUCCAGAAGUAGUUACUGAAGCUAAUGAUGGUGAUGGUUUGUGCAUGGUACA